UAACGUUAUGGCCGCCUCCGUGUGCUGGUGUCUGCACAUGGGGUUCUAGGGCUGUGGGUGUGCUUACAGGAGCUGUCGCCACUAGUCUUCGACGUCUUUGGACCCUCUUCCUUUCACUUUCUUUUGUUGACACCUGUGUGACCUUCGUAGGAUUCUGUUUUGGCUGCAGCGAUGUCUGGGGUGAUGUGGACCCCGGAGCUGGCCCUUCUGAGGGGCUUCCCCACUGAGGCUGAGCUGCAGCAGUGGAAGCAGGAGGGAGUCGCCGGUUCGGAGAUUGGAUCUUUCCUACAAUUGCUGCUAGAAGGGAACUAUGAGGCCAUAUUCUUAAAUUCAUUGAUUCAAAGUAUUUUAAAUUCAGCAACGAUGACUGAAGAAAGGAUUGACAGCUACCUAGAGAAGCAGAUAGUAACAUUCCUGGAUUACUCAACAGAUUUGGACAAAGCCAGAAGACAACAGCUGAUAUUCCUACUUGGUGUGAGCAGUUUGCAACUUUUUGUUCAGAGUAACUGGACGGGGCCUCUUGUUGAUUUACACCCUCAGGAUUUUUUGCCGUCUGUUCUGUUCCAGCAGUUUAGUGAGGUCAAAGGACUGGAUGCACUCAUUCUGAGUUUGCUCAUUCUAGAUGGUGAAUCAAUCUACAGCCUGACCUUGAAUCCUAUUCUGCUAUUAUUAGCACGAAUUUCCCUAGUGAAUGUAAGACAUAGGCUGACAGCUAUUCAGAGCUUGCCAUGGUGGACUUUGAGAUGUGUGAAUGUUCACCAGCAGUUGCUUGAGGACCGCUCACCUCAGCUCCUUGCUCUUGCUGAAGACUGCAUUGAUCGAGUGAUGAAACUAGAGGGUCUGUUUGUAGAUGAUUCAGGUCGAUAUUUGGCUGUUCAGUUCCAUCUGGAAUGUGCAUAUAUAUUUUUAUAUUAUUAUGAAUAUAAAAAAGCAAAAGAUCAGUUCAAUAUUGCUAAAGACAUCUGCAGAUUACAAAUUGAUUUGACAGGUGCUUUGGGAAAAAGGACAUGGUUCCAGGAAAAUUACGUGGCCCAACUUAUUUUAGAUGUAAGAAGGGAAGGAGCUGUGUUUUCAAAUUACGAAUUCACUCCAGCACCCACUCCUCAGGAAUAUUUAACCAAGAAUAUUGAGCUCAAUGAUGAUACUGUUCUAAAUGAGAUAAAGUUAGCAGAUUGUGAACAGUUUCAGAUGCCUGACCUAUGUGCUGAAGAGCUUGCUGUUAUCCUUGGAAUCUGCACAAAUCUCCAAAAGAAUAACCCAGUGCAUAAGUUAACUGAAGAGGAGCUGCUGGCAUUUACAUCAUGUUUGCUUUCACAACCCAAGUUCUGGGCCAUUCAGACAUCAGCUUUGAUCCUCCGGACAAAACUUGAGAGAGGAAGCAUACGCCGAGUGGAACGGGCAAUGAGGCAGACACAGGCUCUUGCAGACCAAUUUGAAGAUAAGACUACGUCUGUAUUGGAACGUCUGAAGAUUUUCUAUUGCUGUCAAGUGCCACCUCAUUGGGCCAUUCAGCGCCAGCUUGCAAGUUUACUCUUUGAGUUGGGAUGUACCAGUUCAGCCCUUCAGAUAUUUGAGAAGCUAGAAAUGUGGGAAGAUGUUGUCAUUUGUUAUGAAAGAGCUGGGCAGCAUGGAAAGGCAGAAGAAAUCCUCAGGCAAGAGCUGGAGAAAAAAGAAACACCAAGUCUAUACUGCUUGCUUGGAGAUGUCCUUCGAGAGCACUCUUACUACGACCAGGCCUGGGAGUUGUCUCAGCACCGCAGUGCUCGCGCCCAGCGCUCCAAAGGCCUCCUCCAUCUGCGAAGCAAAGAGUUUAAAGAAUGCGUGGAGUGCUUCGAACGCUCGGUGAAGAUUAAUCCCAUGCAGAGUGUUCAACCAAGUCUGUCUGCUGGCUCACUGCCUUCGUACUGGAAGUCAAAGAAACUCGGGGUGUGGUUUUCUCUCGGCUGUGCCUAUCUGGCCUUGGAAGACUAUGGAGGUUCAGCAAGGGCAUUUCAGCGCUGUGUGACUCUAGAACCCGAUAAUGCUGAAGCUUGGAACAAUUUAUCAACUUCUUAUAUCCGAUUAAAACAAAAAGUGAAAGCUUUUAGAACUUUACAAGAAGCCCUCAAGUGCAACUAUGAACAUUGGCAGAUCUGGGAAAACUAUAUUCUCACUAGCACUGACAUUGGGGAAUUUUCAGAAGCCAUUAAAGCUUAUCAUCGGCUCUUGGACUUAAGAGACAAAUACAAAGAUACUCAGGUCCUUACAAUUCUGGUCAGGGCAGUGAUGGAUGGGAUGGCUGAUGGUAGUGGAGAUGUUGCACCUGGGCUCAGAGGAAAGCUGCAGGAGCUGUUUGGCAGAGUAACUUCAAGAGUGACGAACGACGGAGAAAUCUGGAGGCUGUAUGCCCAAGUGUGUGGAAAUGGGCAGAGUGACAAGCCUGAUGAAAAUGAAAAGGCGUUCCAGUAUCUCUCUAAGGCAUACAAGUGUGACACACAGUCCAGUUGUUGGGAGAAAGAUAUUACAUCAUUUAAGGAAGUGGUUCAGAGAGCCUUAGGACUCGCACAUGUGGCUAUAAAAUGCAGUAAAAACAAAUCCAGUCCCCAAGAGGCUGUACAAGUGCUUUCUUCAGUUCGACUCAAUUUACGGGGCUUGUUAUCUAAAGCAAAGCAACUUUUUACAGAUGUGGUAAGUGGGGAAAUUUCCAGGGAGUUAGCUGAUGAAACAGCAGCAAUGGACACCUUAGUAACAGAGCUUCAAGACCUAAGCAACCAAUUUCGAAAUCAGUAUUGACCAUCCUCGGAACAGCUUCUGGAAAAGGUGCUUCACCUUCUGGAAUUUCUCUUAUACCUGUGUAUCUAAACCACAAGAUACUGAUUUUUUUAAUAAAUUUCUCUUGUAUGGGU